CUCUCUCUUCAGUCUGCCAGGUACUCUUGCAAACACAGAAAACACACAGGCGAAAAAUAAAUAUAUUUAUAUAUUUUUGAAAAAAAUAGAAAAAGAAGAAAGCUUCUUCUCAUUGUGGAGCCCUAGAAGCUUUCGUUGUUGUCAUGGAAAAUCUCUCGCAUUCUCGAAAGCCAAGCAGGGGUUCUUCUCAAGCUGCACUCACCAAGCGAACAGCGACUUGCAAUGGCGCCACCCACUUCUCCGGAAAAACCAUUUACGAUGACGUAUUCGGCGGCCCGCCGAGGUUCGGUACUGGUGGCCCGACUCUGUCGCCUAGGCCCGAGGACUAUACCGAGAUUUUCGGCGGAUUUCACGCGUCUCGAGGAGCGUCGAUUCCGGUGCUGGAUCUUCCCUUGGUGGACGACAGCGACGAGGUGAUGUUUGAUGUGCGGAACCCGAGGUUUAACUACGCCGAGGUUUUCGGUGGAUUCGACGGCUUGGACUUCGCUGCUUCGUACGAGGAGCUGAUGAGACAAGCCAACGGUGGUGGCGAUCAUGAUCGUGAUGGUGAUUCAUCUGAAGAAGCUUGGAUGCAGGCAGAAACUGAGUCUCUGUCAGAAGGGUCAGAUCACUCUGGAAAAUAUCAGUAUUUCUCAAAUGGAGAUUAUUAUGAGCAGAUUGAUAGCAGUAUGGAGUUCAAUAUAUCAUACCAUAAAGCUAAUCUUAGAAGAAACAGGGAUAUGUCAAAUGGGGUUACGCACGUUGCUCAGCUGCAUGCUGAUCCUGAGUAUGCUUAUGUAAUUGAAACUCCCUUGCAAAAGACAGACAACCUGAAUCCACCAUUGCAUGUGACUGAUGAUAUUGAUCUUGAGUUCACUAGCAGAGUUACAAAGAAAAAACAUCUUAGGAAGACUCUGUCUCAUCCUUCUAAUUGGACUGCUGGUGGUGGACAAACAUUUACAAAUGACUCGAUUCAAAGAGAAUAUCGAAGAAAUGGCUCCUCUUCCAAUGAGAUGUUUGUAACCAUUUCAGAAAUCAACCUAAGAACUCUGCCAUCUGAUGUGCCACCUCCCUCUAGGCCUCCGCCACUUGUCGAUGUCAAAAAUGGAGACUAUGAAAAUGGUCAAACUGCUGCUUCUGGAGGGAGAAUGGGUGAUGGUUCACCUCCUUUCUUUGAUGUUGAGAUAGAUUCUAGCUCAGCUGCUGCAGCCUCUGCUGCUGCUAUGAAAGAAGCUAUGGACAAAGCUCAAGCUAAGCUGAAGAGUGCAAAAGAACUGCUGGAGAGGAAGAGGGAGGGCAUCAAAAACUCUACAAAACCAGGUUCAAAGUCUAACGGAAAAGGUAAGAAGGAAAGGGCCAGUAAGGCUGUUCAUGGAUCCAGUGAUAUAAAAGAUGAGAGACUGCAGGGCAUCUAUGAAAAAGAAGAUGGUGGAAUCGAAAGAUCUGUUAGAGAGGAGAGGCAAAAAGGUGUGAAAACCCAGGCACCUAUUUCACUGGAAGGUGAGAAAAUUUUUAAUGUGCCCAAAAGAUUUGUAGUUGAGAAGCAUGGGAAGGAAUCCCAAUCAAUUCUAGAGGUCGAUGACAUUGAUGCAGCUGAUGAAUGGCAGGAAGCAACUCAAUUUUUUGAAUUGGUUAGAACAGAUAAGUCAAGAAUGGGUUUUGAGCAGACAAACAAUGACAAAGUUUUGAUGCAGAGCAUGCAAUCUAAUGAGCUUCAGCAUAAAGCUAAAAAGGAAAGCAUUGGAGCACUGGAGCUGCAACUAGACAGUGACAACAAAGUAGAAGCUGUUAGGGAAGACCAUGAACUUGAGAAAGUGGAGAGAGACAUGAAAACAGCAAAAGAAAGUUGUGAAAGGGGGGAACCAACCGGGAUAUCAAAAGCAGCUAAAGAGGCUCGUAGGCAUAAAGGGCAUGAGAAAAAGGUAAAAGAAGCUCAAGAGGUCAGUGUACUGGAGGAGAAUGGGCAAUCUAUAACAGCACGGAAACCCUUGCGAAAUGGGAAGAAACCAACUGGAGCUGAUGAAUUAGAACAACGUGAGAAGCGGGUAAAUGCUCAACAAACAGAAAUUAAAGUUGAAGUUGGGCUGGCUAUGGAACUGAAAGAGAAUGGGCAGCAGGAGAAAGAGACUAGUAAAAGUAUUGAAAAUGCGAAGAGAGUCGAGGAGAGUCAAGAAAGGGAAGGUCAGAAAAGGUGGAGGGAGGUUUUUGAGCAGGAAAAAAAUGAGACAAAACGUAAACAAGCAGAGAAUGAGAAGAGGCUGAGUGAGGCUCUUGAGCAGGAAGAAAAAGAGAAGAGAUUGAAGGAAGCUCGAGAACGAGAAGAAAUCAAGAAGAAAGAGAAGGAGGCUUGUGAACUAGAAGAAAGUGAGAAGAUAUGGAGAAUGGCUCUUGAACAGAUAGAGAAUGAGAAAAGACUAAAACAAGCACAUAUGCAGGAAGUAAAUGAGAGGAGACAGAGAAAGGCUCUUGAACAGGAAGAGAUGGAGAAGAAACAAAGAGAGGUUCAUGAGAAAGAAGAAAGUAAGAGACGAUUAGAGCAGGUUACUGAGCAAGGAAAAGAAGAGAGGCAACAAAAGGAGGUUAUUCAAAGAGAGGAAACCGAGAAUAAAAUUAAAGAGGCUUGUGAAAAAGUAGCAAUUGACAAAGGGCUCAAAGAAGCUUGUGAAAAAGAAGAGACUGCAAAGAGACUCAAAGAGGCUCAUGAAAAAGAAAAUAUUGAGAAAAUGCUAAAAGAGGCAGUUGAGCAAAAGGAUUACAGCAAACCAGUGAAAGAGGCCCAAGAUACAGAAGAUGAAGUCAAACAAAAAGUGGUUGAGCAGGUAGAAACUGAAGAAGUGCAGGGAGUUAAUUGUGUGCACCAGCAUACUGAAAGGGUUGAAAACGGGAAGAAACUCAAAAUUGCUGAAGGAACUCACCAGCAUGUGGAGGGAGAGGAUCCUGUGGUAUCUGAUGAGGUAAAUAAACUGGACUGUGGCAAGAAACAUCAAGAAAAUCAAUUGGUUGGAAAUAAUGAUCAAAAUUGUGAUGAGCUGGAACAAACUGAAGAGUCCAGGCUUGAAGAAAAUGGGAAGAAGGAGGCUGAGUUCAGAGAUGGUGAAAAGAAAUCAGAAGCAAUGGGGAAAGGGAAUGUUGAUGGUAAGUUCAAUGCAUCUGAAAUGGCACCUGGUGACUUAGAAGUUAAAGUUAACCAGUUUAGAAAGGAUGAGGUCUCAGACUUGUGUCAUCAAGAUGACGGUGUUAAGAAAGCUGGUGAAGCUGGAAUUGGCAUUGGACAAAGAAAUGCUGAGAAGAUUAACAGUGUGCCUGGAAUGGACUCUGAUAAUAACAAUCAAGGGUUAAAAUUUGCUUAUGAAUGGAGGGAAAGAGCAAGGAAUAACAAGGAGGCCCAGGUUCCCUCACAUCUUGAAGAAAACAAGGAUAAGUUUGUGUCAGCUCAAUCAGUGAAAGAGUCUGUUGAAACUGGAAGGAAACCAGAAGUGGCUAAGUCAUCUGUGUUGGAAGGGAAAGGAAGCACUCAGAGAACCGUUCAGCAGGUUAAGAUACGUCAGAGCACAGAAAGGAGAGACAAGAAUAUGAAUGACAGCCUUACACCUGAAGAGAAGGAGGCUGAAAGGCUGAAAAGAGAAAGAGAACUGGAAAUGGAACGUCUUAGAAAGAUGGAAGAAGAGAGAGAGAGGGAGAGGGAAAGGGAAAAAGAUAGGAUGGCUGUUGACAGAGCAGCUCUUGAAGCUCGUGAAAGGGGAUAUGCUGAAACCCGUGAGAGGGCAGCAAGGGCUGCUGUAGAAAGAGCAACUGCUGAAGCUCGUCAAAGAGCAAUGGCAGAGGCACGUGACAGAUUAGAGAAGGCAUGUGCAGAAGCUAGGGAGAAGUCUUCUAUGGAGGCCAGGCUCAGAGCAGAGCGUGCUGCUGUGGAGAGAGCAACUGCAGAGGCUCGAGAGCGUGCUGUGGAAAAAGCAAUGGCUGAAAGGGCUGCUUUUGAGGCAAGAGAGAGAGUAGAACGGUCUAUGUCAGAUAAAUUUUCAACUUCUUCUAGAAACAGUGGAAUGAGAACAAGCACUUCAUCCUCUGAUCCACAGGAUCAGCAUUUCCAGAGCACUGGCUCUUUUGGUGGUCUAAGAUAUCCAUAUUCCUCUGCUUAUAAUGGAGUUGAAGGUGAAUCAGCUCAGAGGUGUAAAGCUAGACUGGAGAGAUAUCGACGAACAGCUGAACGUGCGGCAAAAGCUCUUGAAGAAAAGAAUAUGCGUGAUCUUAUUGCUCAAAGAGAGCAAGCGGAAAGAAAUAGAUUAGCAGAAACUCUGGAUGCUGAUGUCAAGAGGUGGUCAAGUGGGAAAGAAGGGAACCUACGUGCAUUGCUUUCAACUUUGCAAUAUAUCCUUGGGCCUGAUAGUGGCUGGCAUCCAAUUCCACUAACAGAAGUCAUAACUUCAGCUGCUGUAAAGAAAGCUUACCGGAAAGCCACUCUUUGUGUUCAUCCUGACAAAUUACAGCAAAGGGGUGCAAGUAUUCAGCAGAAGUACAUUUGUGAAAAGGUCUUUGAUCUUCUAAAGGAAGCUUGGAACAAAUUCAAUUCAGAAGAGCGAUAGCCCGAUAGCCGAGUCUUGGUAUGGAUGCCAAUUGCAUCAUAUUACAAAUUAUUACUAUGUUUUUGUAAAUUUACACCCUUAGCUAGUAAAUAUCCUCAUGUCUAUUUUAUACUUCUAGUGCUCCAUGUAAUUUGAGUGUAAUUUAAGCCCAAAGAAAUAGGUGAAACGAUUUUUGGUUACAAGGAUCUCUCUUUUCUUAGUAACCGAAAAAAGGGAUCAUCAAUUAUCAUAACUCAUGCAGAUAAUUUAUGUUUUAUUACUGGAUUUAAGAGACU